AUGAACCCGGGAAAGCGACCUUUUGAGGUGGUCAUGCUCUCAGAUGAGGAGGAUGAGGAUGACGAUCUGGAGGCCCGGAAUGGACCAAGGCAGCCGGAAGAGAAUUUGCCGCCUUGGCGUCAGUGCAAGCCUCAAGCGAUGACCGGGGGCGACCGGGCCAUUUGUUGGGCCUUUUGCGUGUUGAAGCCCUGGCGUUGGCAGUGGGGCACCGAGCACGGGCAGACCGGAACGAAGGAUUCGGGUUUUGCCGAUCAGGUGAUGCCCCCUGAGGAGGACUUGGGCUGGUUGAAGAUCUUCCAGCUGCCCAAAGUGCAGGUGGACGAAGCUGGGCGGAGUUACAUCAUAGGAUUCUACGCGACAGGCAUUUGCAUCUUCUUCACCUUCGUGCUUGCCGCGGCUUGCGACGCUUCUACAUGCCAUGCGUUUUCGGACCGCGCCGUUGGAGAAAUCCCGACGGCGAAUGAACCACCGAACGCGCCGGUGGCCGGUGGCGAAAAGGGGACCCAAGGUCGCACAGAAGAAGCACAGGUCGCGAUGGGGCAGAACUUGCGUGCGCCACUCAUCCUCCUUGCUCAAGCUGGAACGAUGCGAGGGGUCUUCAGUAGCAAAAUGCCGAUCCAUUGGCCGAAGAUCAGUGUCUCCCGAACCGAGACAGCUGCCACCGGGCAAGCAUUUUUGGUGAUGGCGGAGGCCGAGGCCGCUGCGCCCGACGGCGCUUCCGGCGCGUCUUCGCCGGUGGAGGCGCCGGGGAAGAGGCUCUUGGAGUCAACUCUCUACAAAGAGGACGUGCUCGUGAACGAGCACACUGCCGUUUGGGGCUCUUUGUUUGACCCUGAGAGCAAGCGAUGGGGCUACAAAUGCUGUAAGGUCAUGGAGAAGAAUGGCAUGUGCACCGCGGAGAAGGCGCCGGAGCCGGAGGCGAAUUCCAGCGACCUGGACAACUCUCCGGACAGUGAAGACCUCCUGGGGCCGAAUGGCUUGGAAUCUUGGCAGCCGCUCCUGCAGAAGGGGGCCAAGAGGUCUCCCAGCUGCAUCCUUCAGAGUCAGAUCUCAGCCGAUGAGAACUACAAGGGCUUUCCGGAUUUGGCCGUGACCACCUUGAAGCCCUUGCUGCAGCCGUCGCGAGAGGCCUUAGACGCCGGGACGGCAGAGAUCCUGAUCCGCCGCUUGCACAACCCCAGGGAGUUGGCCACUCGUAGCGCGUUUUUGGAGCACGCAGCGGCCGGCGGCGUUUUUUGGGUGGCGUUGUUGGUGGCGAUGUGUCUCCUCGCUUGGGCUUCAGCUGCGGCCUCAUGGCCGGCUUCGACUUGCGACGGGGAGGGUGACGACUCGUCCUGUGGCUUUGGGCUGGUGCAAACACGUGCAGGACGAGCAGAGCACGGGCGAGAGGCUGCUCGCUCGCGACAGCGGCGACCGCUGCCCGCAUGGCAGCAACGGGCCUACUUGGUGGGUGCCAGUCACAAAGCUGGGACGGAAAUGUUGCACCACAUCAUGAAGUGGACUUUUGAUGUUUUGGGCGGUACGGAUAGUUGCGACUACGAUGCCAACGGGGGCCCAAUUACCGCCUAUUCACCCAUGCGUGCAGAGUGUCAUUUGCACCCGGCAAGGCUCCGUUUUAGCAAUCACAUCACGGGUGAGUGUGUGAAAGAGUUGCGCGCCCUCAGUGCACCAGUUGGUGGCUUUCGUGGAGUGAUGAUCAUUCGAGAUCCGUUGGACAUGGUGCUUUCCUCAUAUAUCUAUCACCAUCGAGGCGGAGAGAUCUACACCGCCUUAGGCAUCAACAUGCCGGUCAUGCCACCCGAGGAGGGAAUUCCCGAGAUGGGGAAUCGCAUGAUCAACGUGAUCAUCGACAUGGCCAAUGCCUACAAGGCGGCCCAGUCCGACAUGAUGAUUAUACGCUUCGAGACCAUCACGAAGAACUCCGCAAACUUCAACCAAACCAUCAAGGACAUGGUCCACUUCCUGUUCCAGGACGAGAUCACCCACGAGCAGCGCCAAGCCAUCCUGGAUGCGACUGUGGCCGAAGACAUCAACCGCGCAGACAAGGCGGGCCUGUCUUGGCAGUACCAGGACGGCGGCGAACCAGACCACUCAAAUGAUGAUGCCGAUAUGGUGGAAAACGCCAAGUACUUGCACCUGAUGAACCCGGACCUCUAUAAAGACUUCGUGUACUACAGGCAUCUACUCGGCUACGAGAAGGGAGAAGUGCUUCUCGGCCGAGCUGGUGGAGCGGACCGGUCCGAGUCUGGUCGGCCGUCUCUGGGGGUCAUCCGAAGCGGGGUCCUAGAGCAAUUGGACGAGAUCGCCACUAACAGUUCGAAUUUGGACUACCUGGCUGCCAGGGCGGGCUACAUGAAACUGACUUUGGGCAACAAGACCUGGAACAACACCUUCGUGGCCCAUGUGGCGGCGUGCACCAUGAAGGGUGCCCGCGAAUACCGGCGGAACCGAGAUAACUACAACACCUACGACAUGGACCCAGACUCUCAGAAGUACAUGCAUGCCCUCCUGAAGCUGGUUCAGUUAGCCCAGUGCUUGCGGCCCAACGGUGAUCAGUCGAAGAACUGCGAUACUUGGCACAACGGCGGUCAGCGAAUGGUUGGGUUCAAGUGA